AGCGUGGCUGAGUAAUAGAGCGGGGCCUGGGGUGAAGCUAGGGGGGGCGGCAGCACACUCUGCAGAGCGAUUGAAUCCGCCGUGAGACGAUGCCGUGAUCUGAAAGCCCUUUCUCCGUCGUCGCGUCGUCUCCCGCGCUGCCAGAUCUAUCGAUUGACCCUCAAAUUGCCUCCUGCCGUGCUGUGUAGACGGAGAUAUCGUCCAUUCUCUUCAAUGGUGGGAGAACCUCGUGUGUGUGUUUUUCCUGUCUUUCCUUUUGCUCAGAGUUGCCGGAGGUGAAGCAGUUUUGAUACGCUAAGGUGAUUUUUCUUCCAGUGAUUCCAAGUUGGUGCCUCGAAGUUCCGCCUUCGAGUCAAAAGGAGCUUCAAAUAAUUGAACAAGGCAUCUUAAUGUAACACUUCAAAUUGAGUACUUCGCCAAGCACAAGCUUGCCCUGGCGGACACUGUGUGCUGAUAUAUACCCUGGAGGAGUUGGUUUCCUCUCAUAGAGUGGCUCGGAGAGGAGAAAUGUCUCGGCCCAAUAUGAAGGCGAAUGUCAAGCAACUGCAGGACUCUGUAGAUGCCUUGGAUGAACCUCUCCGUCAGAGUUUCCAGAAUAUGCAUGGUGGAUAUCCAGAAGCUACCCUUGAGCGAUUCCUAAAUGCAAGAGAUGAGGAUGUAUCCAAGGCAAGCAAAAUGCUUAUUGAAAGCCUAAAUUGGAGAGUCAAUAACGGGAUUGACAAUAUCCUGGAGAAACCUAUAUUACCGAAAUCAAAAUUCAAUGCUAUACGCCAAAGCCAUCUGAUUGGAUUUUGCGGUUAUUGCAAACAGGGACGGCCUGUAUUUGCGAUUGGAGUGGGCAACAGCACCUUUGACCAAGCUUCAAUAGAAAGUUAUGUUCAAUCACAUAUACAGAUAAACGAGUACAGGGAUAGAAUGAUCCUGCCUGAAAUUAGUACAAAAAAAGGGCGUCAUGUGGGAUCCUGCGUGAAGAUUUUGGACAUGACUGGCCUUCGGCUUUCUGCCUUCAGCCGACUUAAGACCUCCACUGCUAUCGCAACCGUGGAUGACUUAAACUACCCAGAGAAAACUGAUACCUACUACAUUGUCAAUGCACCAUAUGUAUUUUCUGCCUGCUGGAAGGCGGUGAAGCCAAUGUUGCAAGAAAGAACAAAGCGCAAAGUACAAGUUCUCAGAGGGAAUGGCCAGGAAGAACUUCUUCAGGUGAUGGACUUCGACACUCUACCCUGGUUCUGCAAGACCAACGGUGGUUCAUCUAAAAAUGAUGUUUUCUCGCCAAAUCACAAGUUCCAUGUGGAACUGUACAACUUCAUUGAACAAAAAGCGCUUUCUUCUGGAAGAACCCUCAAUAGCCUCUCUAAUGAGGGAUCUUUGAACAUCAAAGUUCCGUCCUUGGACGAGCAGGAUCCUCAUUCAGAAACAUGUGAUGUCGUUCAUGCUAUUGAAUCCGUCUUGCCUUCUUUAGAAGCUUCUCAGAGUACCUCCGAGCAAAACCAAAGGGACAAGAUAACUACCAAGAUGGCUGGUAUACAAGUAAGUACAUAGUCAUCGUACUGGCAGGUCCAUCAGGAGCUCUUGUUCGGGCUCCUAUUAUUUUAUUUGCUCCUUUGGAAGUGCUAAUAGAGAGAUUCCUGGACUGUAGCUUGUUCUCUUACCAAUUGUGAGUUCUAGUUAUUGUUUAUUCCUCACUGCACAAAGUUCAUGUAUUUAAAACUAAGUGCUGUGUGAGAGGUCAUGGUAGCCUUUGAUUCUUAACAUGCUCCUUGCUCUUAUGAUAGAGCUAAUGGCCAACUCCCAGCAGUAGAAAAUUACUUGCCUACCGCUUGCUCUAAUGCUCUCGGCAAUGCAUUUACAACAGAGGACUGUUGUGAACAUCCUAAGGCAAAGAGAUCACAGACAUUCUUGCUUACAUCAUGUUGCUGAACUCCUCAUGAAGCUCCCUCCAAAUAAUAGAGUACGACUUCAUUUAUCUCAA